AUGAGCGAUCGAAAGAGCACAGCGGCAAAGGCCAACGACACCUCAUUCCGCAAGACAUGGGACCGUGACGAGUAUGCCGCGCGAGCAGCGGAGCGCGACCAGAAAAUCAAGGAAGAGGGCAAGGCUCGAUACGAAGCUGCUCGUGAGGGCAAGAAAUAUCACCGUCGAGCCUCAACGCCACCUGAUGCGCGCGAUACUGAAGCUCGACAGGCGCGCUUGAAUGUCGCGGAUCAGGUGGGGAAGACGCAGCUUGUACCAGCUGGAGCAGGCCAGGGCAAGCGUGGCAAGAGCGCGGGCUUCUACUGUGACGCCUGCGAUCUCACAUUCAAGGACAAUUUACAGUAUCUGGAGCAUCUGAACAGCAAGCAGCAUUUGAUUGCUACGGGCGAGAGUGGAGAGGUUCGAAGAGCGACGUUGGAGGAGGUCAAGGAGAGGCUUGAAUAUCUCAAGAGGAAGCGUGACGAGGAGAAAGCGAAGGAUGUCGUUGAUCUAAGCACGCGUAUCCAGGUCGCGAAAGAGCAAGAUGAAAGAGAGAGGGAGGAGAAGAGGAGAAAGAGGAAUGAAAAGCGACGGAAGACCAAGGAUGGAAUGGGUGUGCCAGAAGUGAAGAUGGAGAAUGAUGGGAUCAUUUGUUAA